UUCUCUUUACUCCCCCUGAGAACCCUCCUUUUAAGUGUCUUUUAUAGUUUAUAUAAAAAAUAAAACAAGAAGAGGGAGAAACAGUUUCUUCUUCUUCUUCUCAAUCCAAUGGCUCUUAUGUUGCCAUUGAUCUUGCUCUUGUUAUCUCAUUUCUUCUUCCCCGGGGUCGAACCGACGAGCUUUGUUAUGGUGAACAAAUGUGAAUACACAGUCUGGCCGGGACUUCUAUCCAACGCCGGAGUUCCUCCCCUUCCGACGACCGGCUUCGUCCUCCAAAGAGGCGAAGAGCGAACCAUCAACGCUCCAACCUCAUGGGGCGGUCGUUUCUGGGGGAGAACACUCUGCUCCACCGACACCGACGGCAAAUUCUCCUGCGCCACCGGCGACUGCGGCUCCGGAACCCUCGAAUGCUCCGGCUCCGGCGCCACACCACCGGCGACUCUGGCCGAGUUCACGCUCGACGGGUCAGGAGGCCUCGACUUCUACGACGUAAGCCUCGUGGACGGGUACAACGUCCCCAUGCUCGUCGUCCCUCAGGGAGGGUCGGGACAGAACUGCAGCAGCACGGGCUGCGUCGUGGACCUGAACGGUUCGUGUCCGUCGGAGCUGAGGGUGACGAGCGUCGACGGGGCGAAACAGUCCAUGGCUUGCAAAAGCGCGUGCGAGGCGUUUCGGACGCCGGAGUACUGCUGCAGCGGCGCGUUUGGGACGCCUGACACGUGUAAACCGUCGUCUUACUCGUUGGUGUUCAAGAGCGCGUGCCCACGUGCGUACAGCUACGCUUACGAUGAUCAGAGCAGCACCUUCACAUGCGCUAAGUCGCCUAACUACGUCAUCACGUUCUGUCCGUCUCCGAACACAAGUCAAAAAUCAUCUCAAGAUCAGAGCUCAGAUUCCAGACCGACGACACCGUCAGGGACGUCGGCAACUCCUGGCGGAGACAGUAGGACAUGGUCGCCGGUAGAUAUGAUAUACGAAGGAGCUCUGGAUCAGAGCAAAGCAUCAACGUCCACGUCUCAUCUUUCGUUAUGUGGAAUCACAGUCACUCUUGCGCUGGCAUUUUGUCGGAUGUGGUUGCUCUUUUGACCUAACAUUUGUCUCCCGCGGUAAACACUUAAUCAGGACGAUGUGGGCCCUUACUAUAAGCCUUAUCUCUUCCCCGGCCCAUGUGUCUUUUUCCUUAGAACGACGUCGGUGUGAGUCAGAGUUGAAAAAGGUAGAGCAAAAAAGUUCCUUACCCGAAAUUACAACAGUACUAAUCACGGGAGGAUUCUUAUUUUGUGGUGAGGAACACGUGGGGAAAAGAAAGUGGGCUGCUUGAGGUGGUCAAAAAGAUGGGGAUGAUAAUUGUAAGGUCACAGAAUAUUUGUUUAAUUUUUAGUAUGAUUAGGAUUAGAAUAUAAUGUACACUACAUAAAGUUAAAUCUAUUAGUUUUAAAUGGGGGGAAUAUUUCAUUUGUUUGUUAUCUAAUGCUGCGUUGGCCAUUUGAAACAUUGAAAUGAACUAUAAUGCUACUACAUGUUUUGUUCUUGUCUUAA